CACCUGUAAGACCGAGAGGGAGAUCUGUGUGUGACAAUGGGAGCUAUUGUAGCAUUAGCAGUGUUGUUGGGAACUUUAUCUUCUUCAUCUUGUUUAAGUCCUAAAGUAGCUGACAUUGUAUUGCUGGUGGAUGGUUCAAUAAACCUUGGCAAGGAGAAUUUCAAAGAAGUCAUGGAAUUCCUCAUGAACCUGGUUGACCUCUUUUUCACGGAGAGGGACAACCUGCAGUUUGGUCUGGCUCACUACGCUGCGGAUGUGACUGACGUGUUCUACCUCAGCACGUACAAGAACAAGGACGACAUCCUCGAAGCCAUCACCAAGACUGAGUACAAAGGAGGCCGUAGGCUCAACACCGGCGCUGCCAUAAAACACGUUCAGGACAAUUAUUUCGUCAAAUCGAAGGGGAGCAGGAAUGAUACGGGUGUCCCCCAGAUCCUGAUGCUCGUUAAUGGCGGGAGGUCUCAGGAUGACGGGAAGUCGGCCGCCCUCGGUCUCAGAAACGCCGGUGUUCGGAUCUUCGCCAUCGGGGUGGGCGACAUUAAGGAUGAACUCACCGGCCUGGGGAGUGAGGCAGCCACUGUGCACACAGCUAAAACCUUCCUGGAGCUCUCCGAACUGAACGAGCAGAUCUUGCAGGCUCUGGACGAUGACGUGAGGUGUCGGAAAGGUUUUGAAUGUCAGAUACUGACUGAGUCUGAACCAGCAGUUAAGAAGCCUGGAGAAUCCUACAAACUGACUUGUACAGCCUCUGGGUUCACAUUCAGUGGCUUAUAUCUGCACUGGAUCAGACAGGCUCCUGGGAAGGCACUGGAGUGGAUUGCUUAUAUUAGUACACAGAGUACACCCAUCUACUAUUCCCAGUCUGUUAAGGGAAGAUUCACUGUAUCCAGAAACGACUCCAACAGCAAGCUGUAUUUACAGAUGAACAGUCUGACAGCUGAAGACACUGCUGUGUAUUACUGUGCCAGGUCGCUUUAUUCCAGCUUAGAGCUGGGAGUGCCAGAAGCACCAACAGUGCCCGAGCGGACCCAGUACAAGAAUUGCAAGCCUGUUCACCAGUGGAAGGACGUACAGACCACAUCCACUGGUUGGAAGACCAGGAGCCCACCUGUUACGGGGACUGCGGCGAUUUGCAAGCUGGCUCACCAGUGGAAGGACACAGUCAAUGUGGCUCUAUGGUAG